AUGGUCAACAAUGAAAAUGAAAAGAUGUCCGCAGGUCCGAUCCGGGCGGCGGUUGAAACAGAGAUCCGGAGGAUGGAAGAGCAUACGCACUGGCGCUGUCGCGCCGUCACGGUGGAUCCGAAAAACACCCACCGGAUCCGAAUAGCAUGUCGCGAUGAAGCCGAACACCAGCUGGUCAAGCAAGUGGCAGAAGCGAAGAUCGGCGUAGGAGCCCGGGUGUUACGUGACGAGCUGUACCCGAUCAAAGUCGACAGUGUCAACAAGGCUGUAGUUCUGGACGAAAAAGAUGAGAUCCGAGCUGGAGCCACCGCGGCCUUCAGCGAGGAGAACGAAGUCACCGUUGCUAAGAUCGCGUGGCUCAGCAGAAAGGAGAGCGCAAAGGCCUACGGGUCGAUGGUUGUUUACCUGACCAGAGGCACUGAUGCGCGGAGGCUCCUGGCCGACGGGUUCUUCCACGCCGGGGGAGAAUCCGGCGUGACUAGCACCUUUGAACAUCGCCCACGACCGACGCAAUGUUACAAUUGUCAGGAGAUUGGACAUAAGGCAUUCCAGUGUAAGAACAUCCAGAAGUGUGCAAGAUGCGCCGCGGAGGGCCAUCGCCACAGCGACUGCAACCAAACGGUUAUAAAGUGCGUUCCGUGUGGAGGCCCGCAUGAAUCGUAUAGCAAGAACUGCCGGAAGCUCUAUCCGUCGCGUCAUGAGUAA